AUGGCUCGAAACACUCCCACAGAUUCAUUUAUUUUGAUUGUUGUAGGCUUCAUUUUACUCCACAUACCUGUGUACUUCUGUGAAGAUGAUCACAGAUAUGUAGCCUGUGGCAAGGCAUUCCGCUGUGCCAAUAUUGAAAACAUAAGCUAUCCCUUCUGGGGAGGCGAUCGGCCUGAAUAUUGUGGUUAUCCUGGUUUUGAACUGGAUUGCAAUAGUGAAGACGCCCCGGUUAUCAGUAUUCAAUCAACAAAAUACAAAGUUGUCUGCAUCGAUAGUUCUGAGAGGAGAAUUACAGUUGCUAGGCAGGAUUUAGACAGAGAUAUCUGUCUGACAAAUCCCCAAAACAGCAAUUUGGAUUUUAACCUCUUCAAUUAUGUGUCCGACGAUAAAAACAUCACUAUCUUUCAUGAUUGCUCCUCUGUACCAAACGUUAUUCCACUUCUCAAUCAAUUCAAUUGCAGCAGCAGUGCCAAAACUUUUGGUUUUUAUCUGGUUGGAGUUGUGGACAUCCCUCUAGGCAUAACAUGUGAUAGCCGUAUCAUGGCCACAGUUAAUCAAACAGGUGCUCAGGUCUUGGCCAGCCCUACUGGUGAUCCUCGUGAAGUUCUUAGAGAAACUCUUGCUAGCGGGUUUUCACUGCAAUGGACAGCUUAUAAUGCCUUCUGUGACAGGUGCACCCAAUCUGGAGGGCGAUGUGGCUCGAGUUCAAAUCAAUCAUCAACACGCUUUGCAUGCUAUUGUGUUGAUGGAUCUCAUUCAAUCUCCUGUAACGACAAAAACAAUAACAAUAAUAGCAGACAAACAACACUGGGUAUAGGCCUUGGCAUAGCCGGUGCUGUACUUGCAGGCAUCGGGAUUGGAUGGAUAAUGUUCUUGUAUAGACAGAGAAGAAAACAGCGGGGUGCACAGGCACACCAACCACCCCCUACUGAUCUUCCAACUCCUUCAAGCAAUGGCCCCUCUGAUCCUUCAUAUCAUUCUUCAAGGUCUCAGACAGUUUUUGGAACUGAGAGCUUUUAUUUUGGGGCUCAACUCUUCAGUUAUGCUGAACUGCAAGAUGCUACUAAUAACUUCGACCAAUCUAGAGAACUAGGAGAUGGUGGCUUUGGAACUGUAUACUAUGGAGAGCUCCAAGAUGGUCGGGAGGUUGCAGUGAAGCGUUUGUACGAGAACAAUUUCAGACGUGUGGAGCAGUUCAUGAAUGAAGUGGAGAUCCUGACCAGGUUGCGCCAUAAGAACCUUGUAACACUGUAUGGAUGCACAUCGAGACAAAGCCGGGACCUUUUGCUUGUUUAUGAAUACAUUCCUAAUGGAACAGUGGCUGAUCAUCUCCAUGGGAAACGGGCAAAGUCUGGUGUGUUAUCAUGGUCUAUCCGGUUGAAUAUUGCCAUCGAGACAGCUGAAGCAUUGGCAUAUCUCCAUAGAUCUGAUAUCAUACACCGCGAUGUUAAAACCAAUAACAUUCUCCUAGACAACGAUUUUCAUGUGAAAGUCGCGGAUUUUGGGCUGUCCAGGUUAUUCCCAAUUGGUGUUACACAUGUGUCAACAGCCCCACAGGGCACCCCUGGUUAUGUCGACCCCGAGUACUAUCAAGUCUACCAGCUAACAGAAAAGAGCGACGUGUACAGCUUUGGGGUGGUCCUGGUAGAGCUUAUCUCAUCGUUACAAGCUGUGGACACUAGCAGGCAUCGCCACGACAUCAAUUUGGCUAACAUGGCCGUCAACAAGGUCCAAAACGACACAUUGCACGAGCUCGUUGAUCAAAAUCUCGGAUUCACGACUAACCGUUCUGUGAGGAGGAUGAUCACGCAAGUCGCACAGUUAGCCUUUAGAUGCCUGCUAGGUGAUAGAGACAUGAGGCCUUCAAUGCAAGAAGUGGUGGAUGCUUUGAAGGGGCUACAGGAUGAAGAGUUUAAUCCAGAGAAGGUGGAGGUAUUGGAUGUUGUGGUGCAGGGUGGUGAUGUUGGUUUGAAGAGUAAUGCCACUACUCCCCCUUCUUCUGAUUCAAGUGUUACUGAUAAAGGGAUUGGCAGCUCUACAACAAGCUGUAGUUGGUGAGGGAUCUUUUCCCUACUUUGCUUUAUUUUCCAUUGCAAGACGAGACUAAUUCAGGCGAGUUUUUAUCGACUUAUUCGGGACAGUUCUCCCAAAGGUAAUGGCAGUGAAUAGGUC